AUGAAUGGCACGGGAUCCCCUGUGCAGGUAUCAUAUUUCAUAACGACUAGGCAAUGUGUGAUUCCACAUGUGAUCUGGCCAUGGAAAUUCCCGUCUUUUUGUAAGGGCAUUAAAGUCUACACCGAUGACAUAUUGUACAAAGAUUCUGCAUAUGAUAAGGGACUUGAGCAAACAAUCCGAGAAUUUUGCUCGAUUGAUAGUGGAAGUGUGUGUGUUGGAUUUCGAGGAAAGUCAAAGACGUUGACAUCGAAGCGAGGAAACUACAAGCUUGAAAAGAAACGUUAUGAAAUGCUCAUUGACACACUCGAACCUGAUUUUAGUGCAAACUAUGCAGAUGGAAAGAUGAUUAUUGAUGGAAAUGAACUUGUUGAACCAGCAAAUGUUAGCGAGUUCGUUUACAUGCUGAAUAGCGGAAUCAUGCUAUUUGGAACAGAGUUUGUUAAUAGAGCUGUGGAUGAAGGACAUAUGUUGAAAUUUGAUGGAAAGAUUGUAAGUGAAGGAGGAGUUUUUGAUUGUAAAUGCUGUGGAGAGCUAUGCGAGGGAUAUCUGGAGUAUUUAUGGAACAUUAAAGAGAUGAAUGCAAUGAGAUACUUGACUAUACACAAUUACAAUGUGAUCAAUAGUGUGAUUGGAACGAUUUGUAGUGAAGAUGUGCAGGAUAGAACAAUUGUGUACAGUAAUGAGAUUGGAUUAUGA